AUGUCGAGUCCACGAACGAACCCUACUAAGAUGUAUGAUUUAGAAGAAGACUUUAUCUCAGACGACGAUGAGGUAAUGGAAAGUAAAGUGUUUGAUCUAAGAUCUAAAACUAGUGCCCCCGACAGAUUUAGUCGCGAUGAGGAACAAGACCUGGCUAAUGAAUUGUCAGAUAAUGAAAGCGAUGAAAAGGAUCCAAUACAGUACCAAAGCGAAAUCAAAGAAGUAGAUGAGGCAGAGAAGCAACCCGAAAUGAAAACAGAGCUAGAAGAUAAGGGGAGUGGUAAAGCCGGUAAGAAAUUGAAGAAAUUCACACCAGAGGAGCUUGCAAAAGAACAAAAGCGUAUAAGAAAAACAGGUGUUUGUUAUCUAUCCAAAGUGCCGCCAUAUAUGAAACCUCAAAAAUUGCGAUCCAUUUUAUCUAGGUUUGGACUGGUCGAUCGAUUAUUUUUAAAGCCUGAGGAAGCUAGUGCUUAUCACAAAAGAGUCAAGUAUGGAGGAAAUAAAAAGAAAAAAUUUACAGAAGGAUGGAUCGAAUUCGUAAACAAGAAAGAUGCUAAAUUGUGUGCAGCGACUUUAAACGGUAACAAACUAGGGGGUAAGAAGACUUCGUACUAUUAUGAUGAUGUCAUAAAUAUCAAGUACUUGAAGGGCUUCAAAUGGCUAGAUCUUACCCAACAAAUAGCAAGUGAGAACGAAGUAAGACAAGCUAAGUUAGCAUUGGAGCUAUCACAUCAAAACAGAUUCAACAAGGCAUUUGUGAACAAUGUUGAAAAAGCAAAAAUGAUAACAAAUAUCCAAAAGAAACGAGGGAACAAAUCCAGUUCUGCUGAGGACGAUAAGUUAAGAAGAAACUUUAAGCAACGAAAGGUGAAUAGCUCGCGUAGUGAUGCGGCAAGUGAGUUGAAGCAGAAAUCAGUGCCCGAUGAAAAGCUUAGCUCUGUGCUAUCAAAAGUGUUUUAA